GGUCGCGCCAUGUCAUUUAUAUUUACAAAAUUUAUUGAUAUAUUUCCUAAAUAUAUUUCAUUUCCAUCGAAUUUCAUGUAUUAAAAAAGUGCUAUUUAUUGACCGUGGUGAUUGAAAGUAUUUUACUAUUCUGUCACCUCGGUACUGGAAAUGCCACCGCUAUCGGGAGGUUUCGGUGAACAAAUAGAGGAUUAUGAGGUAUUAAAUUUACUUGGAAAAGGCGGCUUUGCUAGUGUCUAUCGAGCGAAAUGUCUUCGCAGCGGCAUGGAAGUGGCGAUCAAGAUGAUCGACAAGAAAUUGAUGCAAGCUGCUGGGAUGGUGGGUAGAGUACGUCAAGAAGUCGCAAUACAUUCAAGACUAAAGCAUCCAGCAGUACUUGAAUUGUAUACAUUCUUUGAGGAUGCUAAUUAUGUUUAUUUGGUAUUAGAGCUGUGUCAUAAUGGAGAGCUUCAACGUUUUCUUAAACUACAGGGUUCUCGUUCAUUACCCGAAGAGCAAGCUGCUCGUAUAAUUAGACAAGUAGUGCAAGGAUUGUUAUAUUUGCAUUCACAUCAAAUACUGCAUAGAGAUAUGUCCUUGUCUAAUUUGCUCUUAAGUAGAGAUAUGCAAGUGAAAAUAGCAGAUUUUGGUUUGGCUACUCAAUUGACAAGGCCUGAUGAGAAACACUUAACGAUGUGCGGUACUCCUAAUUAUAUAUCGCCCGAGAUAGCAACGAGAUCAUCGCAUGGUUUAGAAGCAGAUGUAUGGAGUUUAGGGUGUAUGCUAUAUACUUUAUUAGUUGGCAAGCCACCAUUUGAUACAGACGCUGUUAAAAGUACGUUGACACGUGUUGUGAUGGCUGAUUAUGUAAUGCCAGCUCAUUUAUCAGAUAAUGCUAAGGAUCUUAUUGACAAAUUGUUAAAGAAAAAUCCAAAAGAUAGAAUUCGCUUGCGCGAUAUUCCGAAACAUCCGUUUAUAAGUAAUUUAGAAAGAAAUAAAUUACAUAGUGAGAAAAAUGGUAUGAGUAAAGGGCUAUUCGGGGAUGGUAUGCUUGAUUCAGGAGUAGGAAGAACUUUGUCUUCCUACGGUAGACCGAGAAUGCGUUCUAAAUCGGAAGAAAGAAUGUCAACGAUGCCGAUGAUGUCCAAUGGUCUAGGACCAAUGUUUAGUGCAAGAAGCGAAGCUUUAUCUGAACCUAUUACAAAAACAAAUUUAUACAAAGCAAAUUGCAUCGAUUACCGCGCAAAAGAAAAUUCGAUGUUAGCUGGGAUACCACCACCUCCGCAAAGUAGGGUAUGUUCGCAGAAUGAGCAUUAUAGCAAUUGUGAUGUAUAUGAAGAGAUUGAAAAGCAGAAGAAUGAUAAAUAUAAAAGAAAGGAGAAGGCUGAGAACUGUUUUGAAAAUACCGAAGAUGGGGGAAAAUUGCAAGUUCCACCUUUGAGUUCAGAAAGACUACAACCUACUAGACAUAGAACAAAAAAUGCGAUCCUUACUAUUUUAGAUAACGGAGAAGUGUGCAUUGAAUUUAUCAAACGUCGAAAUGGUGUGGAAAAAAUAAGCGAAGUAUGCCGUAUAUCGAGUGACGGUUUAAGAGUUAUCCUUUAUAAACCCAUCGUUUCAACGGAAGUGGGUAAUCAACCACCUCCAUUACCAUCUCGUGGUGCAGAUAGUAUUUAUUCCUACGAAAAUUUACCUACACGUCAUCAUAGGAAAUAUGUAUACGCUUCGCGUUUUAUUAAACUUGUGAGAGCUAAAACACCAAAACUAACGCUGUACACGCAACGAUCAAAAUGUCUUUUCAUGGAAAAUGGGCCACAUCCUGAUUGUGAAGUUCACUUCUAUAAUGGAGUGAAGGUUGUGCGUGUUGAUGGUAAUGUUAAAAUAACUGAGAGAAGCGAUGGUUCUACUUAUACAGAAAGUGAAUUUCCAUCACAUUAUGAUGAAUAUUAUGAACAUUAUUCGGAGUGCUAUCAACGUUGCUUGUUGCUGGAGUCUACUUUAACAUCUCUAGAAGCGGCAACGGGACAUACUUGUUUUCCCGUAAUAAUUGGACGUAGGCCUAACACGGCCUUAAAUGAUUCUCCUUGUUCGCAAGGAAAAGAAAAUAUUUCGCAGACAACGAACAGCACACCCGUGAUGCCAUCUUUUGAUGCCAGUUCUGUUAUUUCGACAGUAGCGUCACGGUCACGAAAACUAAAUUCCAUAAGAAAUUUAAAUAAUACUAAUAAGAUAGCGAUUCCGGGUAUAGGUACGGCGACACAACUAUCAUCCGGAGAUAUUCGCGUUGAUUAUAAGGAUGGUACUGCUUUAACUGUAAGUCCUCAAACCUAUGGUGGGGGUAUAGUUUAUGAGAGCAACAAUGGUAUGGUUACAAGAUAUAAUCAACAUCAUCAACAAAAUUCGGAAGUACCACAUAUUGUUAAAGAAAAAUUACGUCACCUCCCAGUAGUUAUUAAAUACAUAGUUCAACCGAAGCAUAAAAAUAUCCGGUAGUUGUAAAUGUAUAUUUAGAGAAUUGAAUAUUUUGUAUAGAAUAUAGAUUUAGAGUAGUAUAAUUAUA